AGACCACCUGCCUCACAUCAGAAGAAAUGCAGAAAAAGAACUAUGCAAGGAUUAGAAAUAAGAGGCCAGUUGAGAUGAACCCAUGGUCCAGUUAUCUGUUGGGAUGGACAACUUUCCUCCUCUACUUCUAUGAGACAAGUGGAAAGAUUCCUAACCUGAGUUCACUGGGAAAGCAUGAGUUCACGAAGCCCUGGAUUAGUAUAAAAGAAGAUCAGAAAGAUUCAUGUGUAUUUCCCUUCGUCUACAAGGGGUCUUCUUACUUCUCUUGCAUCAAAACCAAUAGCUUCUCUCCUUGGUGUGCAACCAGAGCUGUUUAUAAUGGGCAGUGGAAAUUCUGCAUGGCAGACGAUUACCCACGAUGCAUCUUCCCCUUCAUCUUUCGAGGAAAGUCCCAUAACAGCUGCAUCACGGAGGGCAGCUUCCUCAGAAGGCUGUGGUGCUCAGUCACCUCCAGCUUUGAUGAGAAUCAGCAGUGGAAAUACUGUGAAACCAAUGAGUAUGGGGGAAAUUCUUUCAGCAAGCCCUGCAUCUUCCCCUCCAUCUUCAGAAAUAGCACGAUCUUUGAAUGCAUGGAGGAUGAAAACAACAAGCUCUGGUGCCCAACCACAGAGAACAUGGAUGAGGAUGGGAAGUGGAGCCUCUGUGCUGAUACUAGAAUUUCCUCCUUGGUUCCUGGCUUUCCCUGCCACUUCCCAUUCAGCUAUAAAAACAAGAAUUAUUAUAACUGUAUCGGCAAAGGAACAAAAGAGAACCUUACGUGGUGUGCAACCUCUUACAACUACGACCGGGACCACACCUGGGUGUAUUGCUGAUGUAAAGGGGAGGAGAAACAUCUUCAGAGGAAGACGGACAUACUAAGUCUAGAACCUGCUUCAUCAUUUUCAUCAAGUCUUUCAAGUUUAAUUGCUUUUAGAAGUACCUUGUCUGCCAUUUUGCUUAAUCACUUGGUCCUUUGUGAAGAACAGAGGGAAUAUGUGGCAUAACCACCAAUAAAGGAGCCCACAGUUAACCCCCAGGGCUGCUCUUUGUGCUCUCUGGAAUGAGAUAAGGUGAGGGACCAGAAUGUAUGGUGAAGGAAGCCUUGGUGACUGAGUGGUGAGUCUCACAGGCGGAGGUCAGAUUCUUAGCCCAGGGGCCCUUGGAAGGAACUGCAACCUGCUAUCUCUUUCUGGGAAACUGUAGAUUUGGGUGGAGCAUUUGUAGAUACUUGUUAAAUCAUUAAUAAAUAAAUUAGUAAGUUA